UGGAAGGGAGAGCCAUCGAGCGACGGAGGGGCAAGCGCUAUGGUGGGGAGAAUCGGAGGGCAAAUGGAAAGUCUGACCCGCUGGCAGUCUCGUUGAUCCAGCCACGGGUAGUAUGCACCGUGACGUGACAAUGGCGGUACUUGUAAUUGCGGAACGGUGCGUUAUUGUGAUCAGCUGAUCGACCGAGCUCGACAGAACGAGGGUGCGGAGGGUGGUCCUGUUAUAAGACCGCGGUCAGAUAAGGGAGUCUAUUUGAAUAAAGUCGAUUUACAAAAAUAGGGAAAUUUUUGUUCGCGUUUUUCCGAAAAAUAAAAUGUCCUCGUGAUCCCGUCGGUGCUAUCUGUGUGAAUUAUAGUGUUUGCCAUUAUCGCGGCUGUGUUGUGUGCACGUAUGCGUGGGAUUCGGGCGACAGAUUAAAUGUGUGUUAGCCAUGCCCGCCGUGCGGAAAUACAGAAGGGAUACCAGUGAAGUGAGCUGCUGUCUCAAGUAUGUGAUCUUUGGAUUUAAUGUCAUGUUUUGGUGGCUGGGUUUGGGCAUCAUGGCGGUGGGUGUCUGGGCAUGGACCGAAAAGGAUACGUUUAAUAAUUUAUCCCGCCUCACAAACGUCGCCCUCGACCCAGCAUUUAUUCUCAUUCUAGUCGGUACAGUGACAUUUAUCAUCGGAUUUACCGGGUGUGUCGGUGCACUCAGGGAAAAUACGUGCCUCCUAGCUGCGUAUGCAAUAUUCCUGGCGCUACUGCUAUUAAUGGAAAUGGCGGCCGGUGUGCUAGGCUUUGUCUUCAAGGACUGGAUAAAGUCACAAGCCACUGGUGGUUUCCAAGCGUUCAUCAUCCACUACAGAGAGGAUCCCGAUCAACAGAACCUGAUCGACUGGAUCCAAGAAGAUUGGUUGCAGUGUUGCGGCAUCGAGGGUCCUAAAGACUGGGAUCGCAAUAAUUAUUUCAAUUGUUCGUCGAGCGAUAUUGGCUCGAGGGAAGCGUGUGGCGUGCCUUUUAGCUGUUGUAAACGAAAGCCAAAUGAAAUCAUUAAGAACAAGCAGUGCGGUUAUGACGUUCGGAAACCCAGCUACACAGGAGAGAGGAGUAUAUACGAGAGAGGUUGUCUAAGGGCGGGCGAGGAGUGGCUAGAAUUGAAUCUCGUACCUGUCACUGGUACCGUUGUCAGCACUAUGGUUCUACAGAACUUUGAGGUUGCCAAAGUGAUAUAUGAGAAAGGUUGUAUUCAAGCUGGGGAGGAAUGGGUUCAACGAAAUCUUCUAGCAAUUGCCACUGGCGCAGUUGGUACGGCAUUCGCACAGAUUCUGGGAAUCUGCUUCGCCCAAAACCUGCGAGCGGACAUAUUCGCACAAAAGGCGAAGUGGCAUUGACAAUUCCGAGCCCCCACGGCAGUCUAGCAUCUAAUCUUCAUAGAUGCUGAUCGUUCACGUUGAUCGAGCAAAGAAGAUCGUCGAUCUCGAGAGAAAGAGCAGAGUUUCGACGAAAGCAUCGACACCAUUCCGCGCCAGCAAGCCGAUUUAAAAUGGCGGACCGAAGACGAGCCAGGAGACGCGUUUUAAUUUUUAAGAUCGCGCGCUUUCACGAACUUCGUGAAACUUUACCAACGUUUCCAAAGAACUUUCAACCUUUGACUGACACCUCGUAACUUUAUCAUUACAUACCCUAUGUUCCGUGAGAACGCACGGUGGUUGCUACGUUCCUGAAACUGUCGCUUCCUUACCGACGCUGAUCAUUUAUGUACUACCACAAAAUUUAGGAUAAUUGACGUGAAUGAUGCAUUAAUUAUGUUUCUUGAAAGGAAAAUCCUUGCUGAAGGAAUUUUUUCUUGACAGGGCCGUAUUGGCAUUUUGUGCAGCCCUGGGUACAUCAAUGGAGGUUAAUGAAAUUUAUUGAAAGAAAAAUCUUUGUUGAAGGAAUUUUUACUCUACAGGGCCGUAUUGGUAUUUUGUGGGGCCCUAAGUAUCUCAAUGAGAGGUUAAUGAAAUUUUGGUGAAAGAAAAAUCCUUGCUGUAGGCAUUUUUUCUCGACAAGGCUGUAUUAGUAUACUGUGGAGCCCUGGGUACCUCAAUGGGAAGUUAAUGAGAUUUCUAGAAAAAAAAAUCGUUGCUUAAGGAAUUU